UGUUGGAAGAAAGGCCGAAUUUUGGGCAAGGAUCGGAGAUCCUAGAAUCUUCAAGGAAAUCUUGAUCAUCCAUGCAUGAAAGCUUGCUCGCAUGCCAUGCCAGCCGCUAUUUCCGUCUCUGGCUCUCCUCUAUUUCUCUCCCACCUCGUCGCAAACCCCAAUCUUGUUCCUCUCUCCUGUGACCAAAACAAAAAUUUGUUUCAUAGGAGGAAGGAUAGGCCCUGUUUCUUCUUUUCCCUGCCCUUGAGGAGCCAUGGGAAAUACUGAAUCUUCAGCUACUUCUCCAUCUCCAUGUGAGGGCACGGGCGAUGCUGCUGAAGAAAAUGAAGAAGUUAUAAUUGAGAUUGAACCAAAACUACUAUUCUGCACUUCCAUAUCCCUCUCUGCUGAAGAGAUGCAAUGCCUAAACCUGGAGGAGAAUCGUGUAGAUAAAGAUCCUACUAUAGAAAUCAAUGAAGAGGGGAAUUUGAUUGCAGAAGAUGUCAUCGAUCACAACAAGACAACCUUAGAAACCAUCGGGGAGGAUGAUGAAUUAGAGUUUUUCGAGGAGGGGCAUAGAGACAAGAUUUUGGGUGAUGGUACCGGGAAACAGGCAGAGACUGAAAGAUCCCCUUCUUCAAAGUUUGGAUUUUUCCACACCGUGCUUACUAAUGCAGACGGGAAAACUCAUGCCCAAUUGUAUGGGUUCUUUAGGAAACUUAAAAAAGGACCCGUGGGAAUGAGCUUACAUACGUUCCAUCCUACUAUUCCCUCUCUAAACUCCAUAAGGAUAUUUUCCAAGAAAACUAGGAAACCUAUGCUGCCAUCGUCUCAAAUGGAUGUCGAUCUGGUUCCUCUGCCAUCUCAAAUCGAUGUCAAUCUGGUUCCUCAGACAUCUCAACUUGACGUCAAUCUUGUUCCUCAUUUCCUUGGGACAUCCUGGAAGAAUUUCUCCCUCCCCGAGCUCCAGAAAGCUACAGACAACUUUAGCAGUGAGAAUGUGAUUGGGACGGGAGGCUAUUCCGAAGUUUUCAAGGGACACUUGGAAGAUGGAGAGUUAGUGGCGGUUAAAAAGCUGACGAGGGGAAGCCCCGAGGAGAUGACAUCGGACUACUUAUCGGAGCUUGGAAUUUUGGUACAUGUCAGUCACCCCAACAUUGCUAGUGUUAUUGGCUACGGAGUCGAAGGGGGAAUGUUCCUUGUUCUGCCUUUGUCUCCUCAUGGGAGCUUAGCAACUCUUCUGAAUGGUGAUCAGAAGGGCAAACUAGCUUGGGGCAGGAGGUAUAAAAUCACUUUAGGCACUGCCAAAGGCCUUGCAUAUCUUCACGAGGAGUGUCAACGGAGAAUUAUACAUAGAGAUAUCAAGGCUGCUAAUGUUUUGCUGACGCAAGAUUUUGAGGCUCAGAUAUCUGAUUUUGGGCUCGCAAAAUGGCUCCCUGAUAAGUGGAGUCACCUUACUGUAUCUCAGUUUGAAGGCACAUUCGGAUACCUCCCUCCAGAGUUCUUCAUGCAUGGAAUUGUUGAUGAAAAAACCGAUGUCUAUGCCUUUGGAGUGUUGCUGUUGGAGAUUAUUACCGGACGCCCCGCUCUGGACGAAGCUAAUAACAGCGUUGUGAUGUGGGCUAAACCUUUGCUACUCAAGAAAAGUUAUAGUGAGUUGGCCGAUCCAGCAUUGGGAGGUGACUUUGAUUACGAGCAGAUGAAUCGAAUGGCUAUGGUAGCUUCUUUGUGCUUACAGCAGUCUGCCACGGACCGACCUUCAAUGGGCAAGGUUGAAAGAAUGCUCAAAGGUGAGGAGACCAUCUCAACGGACAACAAGAAGUUCCAAACCCGGCCUACAUUAAGGGCAUUCCAACUAGAGCUUCUCGACGAUGACUCCCUGUUCGACUCGCCAGCCGAUUCGCCCAAAAGCUCGAGCGACACCCCCAAGAGCUCCAACGCCUCCACGCCCAAGAGCGUGAUCGACCCCAACGAGAUAAUCCACGAGGUUACAUGGGAAACCGAACAAUAGUGACCGGACCGCAUUUUCUCGCCAUAUUUACUCUCACUCUUCUUGAUUCAGACCUGCAGGUCCAAGUGCCAUUAAUGUAGCUCUCUAGGAAAUUCAUACCCCAUGGUGUCUUCUCAUGUUAUGAUUCUUCUGCCUAAACUUGGAAGGAGAGAAUUUUAACCAUCCAAACAGGACAGGCGACCAAAUUGAAUUUUUCUCCAAUGAUUUCUGGAGUUUUUUUUUUUUUUUUUUUUUUUUUUUUUUUGGACUUCAAACAUUGUCAAUGCUUUGUAUAUACUUGCAGAUGUCUUAUGUCUGCUGUGUUGAUAACAAAAAAAGCAGAUUACAAAGCUUAUACUUACACUCCCUUUAGGCAUGCAGGAUUUGUAUAGUUACUAGUUAGGUUGGUUUAUACUUUGGGUACA